CCCGCCUUCUAGUCAUCGAUCGAGGGUUCUGGUUCUUCCAGCACCAUUUUCUGGGCUGAGUCGCUGGUAGAAUAAAGGAAUAGUGCUCCAGCAAGAGCACGAACUCAAGAUGCCCACCUUAUCGUUGAUCAACUUCAACAUCGUCUGUGCGACGUUGGGAGGGUUCAUCUCCAUCUUUGGGUUGGUCUCGUAUCUGUUCAAGGAGAGGUUCUAUUUGUCGGAAGCAUUGAUCUCAUUGCUGGCCGGCGUGAUCUUCUCCCCCCACGCAGCCAACUUUAUAAGACCCCAGGAGUAUGCGCUUGGUUCCGAGCAGAAUCUAGAAGAUAUCACCAUGUAUUUCACCCGCCUCGUCCUUGGGGUUCAGCUAGUUCUCGCGGGGGUACAACUCCCCAAGCGCUACUUGCAGAUCGAAUGGAAGAGCCUAUCGCUCCUCCUUGGACCCGGGAUGGCUGCCAUGUGGAUGUGCAGCAGCUUGAUCAUUUGGGCGUUGGUACCGGACUUCCAGUUUGUGCCUUCCCUCAUCGUGGGCGCUUGUAUCACUCCUACCGACCCUGUGCUUUCCAACUCCAUCGUAAAGGGGAAAUUUGCGGACAAGAACGUCCCACGUCCUUUACAGCGCAUUAUUGUCGCCGAGUCAGGCGCCAAUGAUGGCCUGGGCUAUCCAUUUCUCUUCUUCGCUAUGUAUCUCCUGAAAUACGUCGGAAUGAACGGCGAAGGAUACAGUGGAGGGGCUGGGAAGGCCAUGGCCCUGUGGUUCUACGAGACCUGGGUUUAUACGAUCUUACUGAGCGUUGUCUACGGGAUCACCGUAGGCUGGGCAUCUCGCGAGCUGCUCCACUGGGCCGAGGAGAAGCGUUAUGUCGAUAGGGAGAGCUUCCUUGUCUUUGCCAUCGCUCUUGCUGUACGUUCAACUCUACUUUUCGUUGUCGGGACAUGUGGGAUGAUAGGCACAGAUGAUCUACUAGCCUGCUUCAUUGCAGGCAACGUCUUCACGCAAGAUGAUUGGUUUCGUUUGGAGACCAUGGAUGAUUCGCUGCAGCCCACAAUCGACAUGUUGCUGAACUUGGCCGUCUUCAUGUGGUUUGGCGCUGUCUGCCCAUGGCCGUCAUUCCUCAACAAUGGUGUGAUCCCCAUCUACCGCUUGAUCUUUCUGGGGAUUCUGAUCCUGCUGGUUCGACGGAUGCCCAUCAUCUUCGCAAUGCACAAGUAUAUCUGCCAGAUUGAGCAUUUCUACCAGGCGGCGUUCGUCGGGUUCUUCGGACCCAUAGGGGUGGGCGCUGUCUUCUAUCUGUCUGUCGCCCGAGAAUUCCUACUCCAGAUCACCGUCAACGGCAAGGUUCGCGAAGACGCCCAGAAGGUGGCUGAAGCAGUGGAUGUGAUUGUGUGGUUUCUAGUGAUUUGCAGCAUUGUCGUCCAUGGCCUUUCCAUCCCUCUCGCGAAAGCCGGAUACCACCUUCCACGGACAAUUUCCCAGGCACUCACCACCACCACAACGAUGGAGUCCGACCACAUCCCCAUAGGCAAUAACUGGCGUACGCACAGUACGGCAACGCGAAGUAUCGGGCUUGUGAACAACCGGAACCGGAAACGAGUCGCUGCAAGAGAGCCGACCUCUGAGUCCCCGACCUUCGAGAUCCACUCGGAAACGGGACAGGCGGAGGAGCCGGCGAGGCCUGUUAAUCUCAUAAUCCGGGAGGAUGGAGUAGAAUAUGCAUCCGAGGCGACGCCGACUGAAGGUCCUUAACCGGUCGAUCAUCUGGGGAAUGGUUGCGGUGCCAUGUGUUGAAGUCACCUAGCGGAGGAUUAUUUUUUUAUGUCUUGAAGUCGAUAUUACGUGUGUUCUUUCAGACUCCUGUCUGAUACAAGGGGGGGGGCAGGACCAGGGUUAGGAAGGCAUGACUCAGAGGGAGAAGGCACGACGCAGCGGAGGAAGGCGCAACCCAGCCAAGGGAAGGUGCCAGGGGGGGAAGGUGCAGCCUAGCAGUGUGGGCGUUGCAGAUCCGGUGAUGAUGAUAUUGGUGGUCAUUUGGGGGAAUUGUAUAGGAGGAAUGGCUGUACAGAGAUGUUCUUUAUAUCGGGGGCAUUUACUGGGUUGUAUCUUUGGCCGGUGAGUUGAACUUGAUGUGGUGGAUUGGAUAUAUUUUGUCAUUUAGAAUUUGUUACUUCUGCAUCCGGUAAGUCAACCUCAGCGAAUUAAGCACUGCAGUAUAGAAAC